AUGGUCGGGUUCUCGCCGAUUGACACCUCCGAAGAGGCCCCAAAUAUCUUCUUCGAAGACCUUGCGGCGUCAGCGUGCCCUUUGACUCGCCACCAACGUGGAUGGUUCACUUCAUCCCUGUCUCUCAACCCUACCUCCAUGCCCACAAUCCGGCGCAGAGUCAUUCGUAGGAGCAACGCUAUGCGUGUCACGAAUCACGACCGCGAUCGGCGGGACUCUGGUGGUCUCGAGAGCCUGUCGUCGAGCGUCGCACCCCCGUGUUACACCUCCCAGCGCGGGCCUGGCUCUUCUGUUGCUGCGAGCGAUGAAGCCCCUCCCAGCAUCGCGCCGUCAGAAGACAACGACAGUGUAUCCAUGCACUCGUGCCCGGAGAUUUCCAAUCAGGAAAUUUUGCCGUCUCCGUAUUCCACAGAGGACCUCUUCGCUGAUAUGCAUCGCAUGGAUGACGAUCCCGGUGCAGGGCCUGUCGUAACUCCCUCUAUCCAAACGCACAGCUGCACCCACGGGUACACACAUACUCACAGUCAAUGCACAUUCGACAACCCACCGCCACCCGCCACCGCCGACUCGCAUCUAGACCAUGCUCACUCCAUUGCACCCACCACAUCCAGCCCCUUUCCCGCCUCCGAGUCAUCAUCUAGCCCGUACCCUUUCGAAAAUCAGCGACGAACCACGCGACGCUCCUCGACGCCCUCCACCCCAUACGCAACUCAGCGCGGCCGUGCCUCCGAUGUCUCUUCUCCAUCGCCACGGCCCAUUCUGUAUCACCACCGGCACAUGUCGCAGCCCGCUGCGAUUGGACACCUCACUCAGCGCUCACUCAAGGCCGGGUACGAGCUCCACCUCGACCCGGACGACAUUCUCGCUAGCGAAAACGACCCCAACAAUAGUAACAACAAUACCCCGCCCGUGCACACGCCCCUCGCGAAUAGCACAAUUACCUUUCUCCAAGACGAUCCCUACGCCUCACCUUCCCCGGCCAAUCAUCGUAGUGGCCGUGCGACCCCACACGCGCAUCGUCGUGCGUACAGUGCGCUGUCCACAAGCCACCUCCCCGCAUCCGCUUCUGCCUCAACCGCAUACCUCCCAACAAAUCAACGCGCGACGAACUAUGUGUCGCUUUCACGUAAGAGCACGGCGUCGAAAGGCUCAUUUUUUGCGUUUGGACGGAAGCCUACGCACUCGUCGAUUACGGGCACUUUUACCAUUGAUCCAGGGUUGCGCGUGCCCGUAGCGUUGCUCAAAGCCGUCGAGCCGAGGGCGCUGGCGCGGGCACUGUCGACAGCGGCAGCAGGUGGUAAAGGGGUGAAGAGUGACGCCAUGUCUGCGUCAUUGAGAAAGCCGGUAUCGUCCAAUAAAACGCAUCCACAAAGCAGUAGCAACACUACUGAUGUUGCAGACAACGGGCCGAAGCCGGGGGUCCGGCGGAAGAACCUGGUGCUGGAGGUGGAAAAUGGGGGGAUUGAUGUGGACGUGCAUCUCGUGCCUGAGAUGGCUGCGAGUACGGAUGGAUUUUCGCGUCGGAGGUCGGUUGAUGCGCGUGCGCAUGUGCAGGAGGGGUCUGGGUUUGUGAGACGGCCGCGGUCGAGCACUCGGCGGACCCUCGUUGAGGGUGAGGUGAAUGACCUCCCACCUCCGACGCUCAUCGAUCUAAGGCUCAAGGAUGUGUCGGGAUCGAGACGGAGCAGGUCAAAGGAGUUUCCUUUGAUUGCGCGUAUCCACGCACCGAUACCGCGCCCGCCAUUUCACCUCUUUGCAUCGACUAUCAAUAUCACACCAGACGACGACGCGGAUGUGGAUUCGGUUCCUGCGUUGGAUGUUGGCAACAUUAACAGUGAUAAACUCGUACAGGAAGCCCGGCUGUCAGCGUCGCUGUCGCCUCCCCUCGCGUCGUCUACUCCCACCAAUACACCAUCCGUGCCCGUGCCAGCACCGACCAAACCCACUACGGUCCUCCGCAAACUGCCCACUCUCGCGCGCUCAAACUUGACACUGCACCUCCCCACCUCCUUCCGUGGGCCGCUGACGGUGCAUGUUGCGGCGGGCAACAUCGAUGAGCAUGUGCGGGUGUCGAGGGGAGUGAGCGCAGCUGCUGUGGUACUAGCGGAGAGCGCGGGGAUGCGGGGGUUUUAUGUUGGUGGGGAGGGAGAGGGUGUUGUGAUGUCUGGUGGAGGAGUUGUAGUAGGAGAUCAGAGUGCGAUAUCCUACCGGCGUGUAGUUGAUGCAGACCCGGGCGAUAACGAUGCAGCAGGGUACGCUAACCUUGUGCCUUCUGGCACUGAUGAUCAGGGGGAGGAAGGGGAGGAGGAGGGGGAUGGUGAGGUGGACAAUGAGGAGGAAGAGGAUGAUGAAAAUGCGGAGUGGUUGGGGGACAAGGUGGAUGUGGUGGUUGGGGAUGGGAAGGUGUAUUUGCAGUUUGUAGGGGAGGAGGAUCCGUUUGGGCAUAGGAGGGGGUUUUGGAGGACUUUGUUGUUGGGGGGUAUGAUCCUUGACUCGUUCCUCCUAUCAUUUUGUACCGCGUUGUUGGCAGAUAUCUUUUCAAGAUACUAUCUUACCAUGAUGUUUUACUCUGCGCAGAACUGUCGGCAUCCUUAUCAAGUACCAGCGCCCAGGAUACUAGCUUCCAACACAGACGCGGCGGACGUGGCGCGGAGAUUUCAUGGAUUGAGUCGCAUCGCUGAACAUGAAUUGUUGCCUUUAUGUCUCGAUAAUGAUUGGAUCUUCCUCGGGGACAUGGAUACGCGUGGAUCACGGCGAGGCAGCAACUGUGAGCAAUCUCUGAGUGUGCUCUCUCGGCCCCUGACCUUCGGGUCCCCGAUGACAACGAUGCACCCGCCCAGCGAACUAUGCUACAUCGCUGCUGUGGUGCGGGGCGUGACUCUCCAACGGUACUAUACGAGACAAUGUGGCUGCUUCUCUGAUGACGGAGCGAUGCUCCGCCGCGCAGAAUUGGCUAGCUGUGGGCGCUAUCACAGACAGGGGCUCAGCCGGGACGCGACUCUCACGCGUGCCCCGCGAUUGCUGGAUUUUACUCGGAGUCUCGGCGCGUUUACGUGGGGGUAUCUCUCUUUGCCGGGUGAGGACCAGGUCUCUUCGUAUUGCACUCUUAGCAAUAGGAUGCCGCUCUCCGAGUGUCUUUUGCAAUUGUUCACAGCUAUAAAGCGGCCUUGGGCGCAGUAUAACAGGAGUACUUCUAUGCAGUGCGAUACGUCGACGCCACCUGCCCCGUUGACGUAUUAUAUCUUAUGCUUCAUCCGCGACUACGAGAAAGCACGGGCGUUGCAAGUACUGGAGGUGAGUCGCCAAAUCUCUCGAGAACUUGUGUCGGAUUUUGUCGUGCUCAUUUUGGUGGUAUAA